CUGUAUCAGAGACAUUUCGCAUAUCUUCGAGAGCCCCGAUGGUGAAGUGUAUUGGAAACAUCUCCAGGAAUUUGUGUUGGAGAUUUCGCAUAUAGAUUUCCGCAAACUCGCAUCGGCGAUGCAGAAACGAAAGAAGAUGGGCUAUCCGGUUGGCAAGAUUGAACUAAGUUGCUUGAUCAAGGACAAGGAAAAAAGGCCUGAUGACUGGCUUCACGCAUCACUCCAUGACAUUGGCAACAGGUUUACCAGCCUCGAGGUGCUGGAACUAUAUAUGUCAUCCGACGCGACGUAUGAUCCAUUAGCUCCUGUUGCUGAUCAGCACUUGGUUGACUUGUAGCAGUAGAUAGGUGUGGAGGGACAGAGUGAUAUGGUGACGUCCCAUCCCAUCGAUUACUACCAAGAUCUUGCUUAUGAUUGUAUUCG